GUCGCGGCCACUUCCCAAACGCAGCUUUGCGCCGAUCGCGCCAAAAGCGGAAGAGCCAGCGGAAGAUCAAGAAGACGACGAGUUCGAACUCGUUAUUGCAGAGGGCAAGCUGGGCUGCAGCGUGGACCCGAAGCGGCACGUCGUCGUGUCUGUGGCGAAGAACGGACCGGCGGAAAAG